AAAUAAUACAAAGAAUCUUGUCACAGUCGGCCCAUGGAUAAAAUAUCCUUUGAAAAGAGAAAAAAAAUAAAAUAAAAAAAUGACCAAACCACUCCUACACUUGACCACCAUAGCUGCCCCUUUUCGUAUUCACUGGCUCCACUGCCACACUCCACUUCUUCUUCCGUUCCCCUCUUCCCCUUCUCGAUUUCGCUCCUUUUUUCUCUGUUCCAAAUUCUUCAGGCCCUUUACUUCCAGACCCUUUUCUCAAUCCGGGUAAAAUCUCAAUAUCUGUGUCUUUGGUAAAUGUAAUUCUAUGGAAAGUUUGGUUCUUGGUUCUUAAUCCCUGAAAGAAUCCUUAUUAGUAACUUAUAUAGCGUGUUGUGCCUUUUGGGUUGACUUGUAUGUUAUUCAGCUUAAAGAUUCUUGUUUGCAGAGCCCGUUUGCUAUCUUUCAUAACUAUUCUCAUUUGCAUUUGAAAUUAGCUUUGUUUAGUAUAACUUUCUGAUGAUUAUGGAGUUUACCACUGUUUCUUCCCUGGUGAGUGUAACUGUGUAAAUCGUGAUCAGUGUCGUUCAGCAGUAAUGGAGAAGUUUAUAAAACCUUAAAGUUACAUUGUAAAAGAUAAGAUUUUCGGGUUAUAGUUCAGUUCUAAGUAGUAUGUUUUCCAUAGUUUAGUUCUUUAGUUGGGUAACAACUCGUUGUGAAUUUUAUUGUUUUUAUUUCAAAUCUUUUCAUUGAUAUUGGAUUUACUGAUCACUGGAGUUUUGCAUAUGGAAUUGUUGGUUUUCCCUUUUAAAAUCAUGGCCUUCAGUCAAGAACGAUAUGCAGAGGAUGUAGGAAUUACUGAAUAUUUGAUUGACCAUCAAUGAGGAAAAGAUGAAUCAUGUUAUGAUCCGUGCAUAACAAAUGAUGUUUGAUACAGAAUGGAGAACAAUUCUCGCUAGUAAUAUCUGUUUUUGCUUUUAUGGUUUUGUUUAGAGUGGCAAUCCAGGUGUAAUCUUAAUGUGCAUGGCAAGUUGGUAUCUGAAAUAUAUGAAUUCUUACUUUUGAUAUGCAAUAUCAGUGUGAUCCGUAUAAUGUUCUCAUAGUUUUUAAUCUUCAUUACAAUGUCAUCUCAGUUACUGACUUCUCAUAGGAUCUGGCAUACAUCUCUCUUGAUUAGCCAGAGAAGUUUUUCUAGUUGCUUGGUGAUGGACAGCUCCGGAGUCAACUCCUUCUUGAAAGCCCCGGCUGGUUUAGACAUUGCCUCUGAAGAAGAAUACACUGUGCAGUCGAAGCUGCUACAAGAUUUCAUAGAAAUAUCGUCAAUUGACAAGUCAUGGACUUUUGCAUCUCCCAGUGGAAAUGGUUCCCAAUGUAUGUUUGCUAUUAGCCAACCCAAUCUCAUGGCAAAUACGAAGAGGAGAUCUAUCUUAUCAUCCCAUAUUAUAAAACAAAGCAGUGAUUCAGUCACCUUUCACUGGGCGCCCUUCCCUGUAGAGUUGAAUGGUGUCUCUUCAAUUAUCCCAUCUCCAUCUGGUUCAAAACUUCUGGUUGUGCGAAAUUUUGAAAAUGAUUCUCCUACGCGCUUUGAAGUCUGGGGUCCAUCUCAAGUGGAAAAGGAAUUUCAAAUCCCUCGCACAAUUCAUGGCUCUGUCUAUUGUGACGGAUGGUUUGAGGGAAUCUCAUGGAACCAUGAUGAAACUCUAAUUGCUUAUGUUGCCGAGGAGCCAGUUCCCAGUAAACCCACAUUUACUAGAUGCGGUUACAAGAAAAGUGAUUCUGCAGACAAGGACGUGGGCAGCUGGAAAGGUCAGGGAGAGUGGGAGGAGGAUUGGGGAGAAAGUUAUGCUGGGAAAAGGCAAUCUGCCCUUUUUGUCAUUAACAUAAACAGUGGGGAGGUACAAGCUGUUAAAGGAAUUGGAAAGUCAUUGAGUGUUGGACAGGUUGUAUGGGCUCCAGUAGCUGAAAAUUCAGAUCAAUAUCUUGUAUUUGUAGGAUGGCCAUCAGAUACUAGAAAGUUGGGCAUCAAAUACUGCUACAAUAGACCAUGUGGAUUGUAUGUGGUUAAAGCUCCAUUCUUGAAAUCGGAAGCUGUUGAUUCUAGUUAUUCCGGCGAUAAUGCAUCGGAUGGUGUAUCUGUGGUUGCUCUGACAGAGAGCACUGGUAGUGCUUUUUUCCCAAGAUUCAGCCCAGGUGGAAAAUCCCUUGUGUUUUUUUCGGCCAAGACUGCUGUUGAAUCUGGGGCGCACUGGACAACCAAUUCGCUUCAUAGAAUAGACUGGCCUGCUGAUGGAAAGCCCAACCAAUUGCCGAAAGUUGUUGAAGUGGUUCCAGUUGUGAUGUGUCCCGAAGAUGGCUGCUUCCCUGGGCUAUAUUGUACAAAUAUUUUGAGUAAGCCAUGGCUUUCUGAUGGAUGUACAAUAAUCAUAUCUUCAGUUUGGCGCAGUGUUGAAGCAAUUCUUGCAAUCAAUAUCUUGAGUGGAAACAUAUCACGGAUCAGCCCUAGUAACUCAAACUUUGUUUGGAAUCUACUUGCCCUUGAUGGCGACAAUAUCGUUGCUGUAUCUAGCAGCCCAGUUGACAUUCCCCAAAUCCAGUAUGGAAUUCGAAAGACAUCCGGAGAUGCCACUUGGAGCUGGUUAGAUAUCUCAAGCCCCGGCCCAAGAUGUUCUGAAAAGGUCAAGUCUGUGCUGGAAGCUAGGCAGUUCACUAUAAUGCAAAUUCCAGUCAAGGAUAUCACUGACAAGCGUACAAAAGGUGCCAACAAUCCCUAUGAAGCCAUAUUUGUUUCCUCCAAAUCUCAAAAGAAUAAUCCUGAUCCUCUAAUUGUGGUGAUUCACGGUGGUCCUCAUAGUGUCUCUCAGUCCAGCUUCUCCAAGUCCUUGGCUUUCCUCACAUCACUUGGUUACAGCUUGCUAAUAGUAAAUUACAGAGGUUCUUUGGGUUUUGGAGAGGAAGCUUUGCAGUCUCUUCCCGGCAAUAUUGGGUCUCAGGAUGUCAAUGAUGUACUUGCUGCCAUUGAUCAUGUCAUUGCCAAGGGACUUGCUGAUCCGUCUAAAAUAGCUGUGGUUGGUGGUUCCCAUGGUGGAUUUCUGACAACUCAUCUAAUUGGACAGGCACCGGACAAGUUUGCAGCAGCUGCUGCUAGGAACCCUGUCUGCAACCUUGCAUUGAUGGUUGGUACAAGUGACAUCCCUGAUUGGUGUUAUGCUGAGUCAUUUGGCAGCAAGGGAAAAUCGUUAUACUCUGAUGUGGCAUCUCCUGAACAUCUCACUGUAUUUUAUGAUAAAUCCCCUAUUUCUCACAUAUCCAAGGUAAAAACUCCUGUUAUCUUUCUCUUAGGUGCCAAAGAUCUCCGUGUGCCUGUUUCCAAUGGUAUACAGUAUGUGCGGGCGCUAAAAGAGAAAGGCAAUGUGGUCAAGCUAAUUGUGUUUCCCGAGGAUAUUCAUCCAAUUGACAGGCCACAAUCCGACUUUGAGAGUUUUCUUAACAUUGGCGUAUGGUUUAAGAAGUACUGCCAUUAA